UGUGUGAGGAGAGCCAUGAAUAACACCCUCCUCAAAAUCCAACACCCACCUUUACAUUUCCGAAUUUCCCAUAGUACCGUUUCCCGCCUCCCUCCCUCCAUUCACCUCUUUCCUAAAUUAUCCUUCCAAUCAUCUUCACUUUCCUUCUCGAGGACAGCCCAAUGCUUCAAAUUUUCAAGCCUUUCCAAAAUCAAACCAUCGGUUUAUUGCGACGAUGAAGAAGAAACAGAAGGACCCAGAAAGGGGUCGGUGGAAUUUGAAGACUUGGCACCAAACGGUGACGUUUUCAGGAAGACGCUGAGAUUGGUUGAGUGUUCCAUGUUUGCUGCUGUCACUGGACUUGUCUACUUCUUGAGCAAUUCCCUUUCAAUAGAGAACUACUUUGGAUGUUUCUUUUCGUUGCCAAUAGUGAUCUCCUCUAUAAGAUGGGGUGUUGCAUGUGGGAGGAAACAAUUGGUAGCGACGGUUAUGUUAUUAUUUGUGUUGUCUGGCCCUGUAAAGGCCAUAAACUAUCUGCUUACACAUGGAAUACUUGGUUUCACAAUGGGUGCUUUAUGGAGGUUGGGAGCUAAUUGGAGUGUCUCAAUUUGCUUGUGCACAAUUGCUCGAUCAAUGGGUGCCAUGGGCUAUGUCUUUACAACCUCUUUCCUAAUAAGAGAAAACAUACUGGCUUUGAUCACCAUAAACAUCCAUGCUUCUCUGUCGUACGUUUUUGCUGCCAUUGGCAUCAAUGUGGUUCCAUCAAUGAACUUCAUAUAUUCCUUAUUUGGGAUUUUGGUUUUACUCAAUAGUGCCUCCUUUGUGUUCUUGCUGCACCUCUUGUAUUCAGUGUUCCUUACCAGAAUGGGGAUGAAGGCUUCAUUGAGAUUGCCAAGAUGGUUGGAGAAGGCUAUAUAAUGUUAUUCUGCUAAUUCAACAGGCUUUGCUGAAUAUUGCCUCCUCUGUGUUCCUGCUACACCCCCUCGUAUUCAGUGGUACCACCAAGUGGGCAUGAAAACUUCAUUGAGAUUGCCAAGAUGGUUGGGGAAGGCCAUAUAUUGAAUGGUAACUUAAGCAACCUGCUGCUUGUAAUUUAUGUAAAUUACAUUUUUUGCAUCCUCAUAACAUUCAUCAGUUAUAGUUAGGAGAUGACAUUAUUAUUUAAUUGGUAUAUCUUCAUAGUGAUUUGAUCUUCUUGCGAAAUGGUGAAUGGAAUUGUCAUUUUCUGUA